AUGGACCGACUUUCACGAAUGCUGGCCGCCGCCCAGGGCAUGGGAGGCGGAGGUGCUAUGCAGCAGGACGGCAACGUUGUCGACAACUCCGAGACUGUCUACAUCUCGUCGCUCGCCCUCCUCAAGAUGCUGCGUCACGGAAGAGCUGGUGUGCCUAUGGAAGUCAUGGGUCUGAUGCUGGGCGAGUUUGUCGAUGACUACACUGUCCGCGUCGUCGAUGUCUUUGCCAUGCCUCAAAGUGGUACCGGUGUUUCCGUCGAGGCUGUCGACCCUGUCUUCCAAACAAAGAUGAUGGACAUGCUUCGCCAGACUGGGCGCCCGGAAACCGUCGUUGGCUGGUACCACUCACAUCCUGGUUUCGGCUGUUGGUUGUCUAGCGUUGAUAUCAACACGCAACAAUCUUUCGAACAGCUCACUCCCCGCGCCGUCGCCGUCGUCAUCGAUCCUAUUCAAUCCGUCAAGGGCAAGGUUGUCAUCGACGCCUUCCGUCUUAUCAACCCCCAAACUCUCAUGCUUGGCCAAGAGCCUCGCCAGACAACCUCCAACGUUGGUCACCUCAACAAGCCAUCUAUUCAAGCCUUGAUCCACGGCCUCAACCGCCACUACUACUCAAUCGCCGUCGGAUACCUCAAGGGUCGUGGCGGUCAAGGACACGGCACCUCGACAGCUGGCGAAUCCUCGAAUGGCCAAGUCGGUGGAGAGGAAGCCAUGCUCAUGAACUUGCACAAGAGCGUCUGGACAGAAGCCUUGACCAUGCCCGACUUCAAGGCUGAGGGCGACCGCACUUUGGAGAAGCUCAACAAGCUCGUCAGCUUGGCAGAGGGCUACGAGAAGCGUGUCAAGGAGGAGACUGAGCUGUCCAAGGACCAACUACGCACAAGAUAUGUCGGCAAGGUCGACCCCAAGAAGCACAUCGAAACUCUCGGCCAAGAUCUUCUCGAAGACAACAUCGUCUCCGUAUCACGCCAAAUGAUCGACAAGGAGGCUUCCGUACCAUCCGCUUGCCGCAUCGAAGCCGUGGAUGACGAGGCUGAUGGUAUGGCUGUGGACCAAACUGCAUAG